ACCUCGCGAGCGGCCGGAGCCUGGCGCUCGCCUCCAGGAAGCCGCGGGUCGGCGCUCGCCCUCGAGGGAGCCGGGACCUCUGCCGACUGAACAGAAACUGCCCUUCCAUUGAUUCGGCCCCGUUGCGCGAGAGAAUAUCGGUGAUUUUUGUCCACUGCUAGCCGAAGAAGAGAGAACCCGGGGCCCUUGAAAUGCAGCAAAAUCCUUAUUUGUAAACAAGGCCAGAGGCAGUGAUAUGCAAAUGCCCCCUACCCAGUGAAUGUUCUAUCCUAUGGAUAUCGGUCUUGAGAUUUGAAAUCGGAGAUCAGCGCUGUCUGCCGUAGGCCCGGCAGCCUCCACCCUUUCAAUGCCCGGUUUUCUCUGGGACUGCUGGCCUUCCCUGGACAUCAGAGCGGUGCUGCGGGCCAUGGGCUGUAUCCAGAGCAUCGGGGGCAAAGCCAGGGUCUUCCGGGAAGGCAUCACGGUGAUCGACGUGAAAGCCUCCAUCGACCCCGUCCCCACCAGCAUCGAUGAGUCCUCCAGCGUGGUGCUCCGCUACCGGACACCCCACUUCCGUGCCUCGGCCCAGGUGGUCAUGCCGCCCAUCCCCAGGAAGGAGACCUGGGUAGUGGGCUGGAUCCAGGCGUGCAGCCACAUGGAGUUCUACAACCAGUAUGGGGAGCAGGGCAUGUCCAGCUGGGAGCUCCCGGACCUCCAGGAGGGCAAGAUCGAGGCCAUCAGCGACUCGGACGGGGUGAACUACCCCUGGUACGGCAACACCACGGAGACGUGCACCAUCGUGGGCCCCACCCGGAGGGACUCCAGGUUCAUCAUCAGCAUGAACGACAACUUCUACCCCAGCGUCACGUGGGCCGUGCCCGUCAGCGAGAGCAACGUGGCCAGACUGACCAACAUCUACCGGGACCAGAGCUUCACCACGUGGCUGGUGGCCACCAACACCUCGACCAACGACAUGAUCAUCCUGCAGACGCUGCACUGGCGCAUGCAGCUCAGCAUCGAGGUGAACCCCACCCGGCCCCUGGGCCAGCGCGCGCGGCUGCGGGAGCCCAUCGCCCAGGACCAGCCCAAGAUCCUGAGCAAGAACGAGCCCAUACCGCCCAGCGCCCUGGUCAAGCCCAACGCCAACGACGCGCAGGUCCUCAUGUGGCGGCCCAAGUACGGGCAGCCGCUGGUGGUGAUCCCGCCCAAGCACCGGUGACAGCCGGGGCGCCGCUCGCGCAGACUCCAGGGGCGGCCCAGCCCCCACGCGGACGCCCCCUCAUUCAGCAGAAUACAACCAUUCUACCUUGCCCAGCGGCGGUCUCACUGUGCGCAUGCCCCGGCAUGGCCUCCCGCCCCCUCGGACGGAGCCGCUUCCCCGCGGUGGGGGGCCGGGGGGCGGGGCCAGCCCCCGAACAGACCAGCCCCGUGUAUGCCCUUCGGUGUCGCCUGGGGUCCCCUUUCCUUCCCUCUUCUCACAGUUUCAGCCAUUCACUCGCAGCCGUCUCCCGGACACAACUGCUUUUCAGU